GGACACUUACCCAUUUCUUACUGUGUCCUAAACAGUACCAUAUUGUGUCUCUCUUCCUCUCCAGCCUUUUGCAUUGGAUCGGAACCCAAGUCUGUGCAGCUUUUGCUUUAUGCUUUUCUGAAAAAACUUCUUCGGUUGAUUAAUCCCCAUCGUAAAAGUUUAUUCUUUGGACUCAGAUGAUGAUCAUCUUUGAAAGCUGCUAAGCAUGAUGAUGAUUCAUAAAAUAAAACAACAUUUCUUUCUCUAGUUUUCUAGUUGCACUGCAAAAACUUCAAUCCAGACCCCCCCUCCCCUCUCUCUAAGUGGGUGGGCCUGAAAAUCCUCUCUCUCUCUCUGGUCUUCUUAAUGGGCUACCUCUCAUGUAGAGCCGACUCUUCUGUGGUGACCUGCGAUUCCUACAAGAAGGAGAAGAAGAAGAAGAAGCCCCUCAAAAUCCAACAGUUCCAUUACAAAGAUCUUGAGAUUGCCACCAAUGGCUUUUCCCCUGAUACUCUUCUUGGAAAAGGAAGCCAUGGCUGUGUCUACAAAGGAAUUCUGCAUGGAGGUAAGCUUGUCGCCAUUAAAAGAGCUUCCUCUGGUCUCCGAACCCUUCAUGAUGAUACGGCCCUAGAGAAUGAGAUUGAAAUCCUUUCAAAAAUCCAAAACCCACGUCUCGUUAACCUCUUAGGUUUCAGCCAUGAUUCGAACCAGAGGAUAUUAGUUGUUGAAUUUAUGUGUAAUGGAACCCUCCAUGAUGUUCUCCACAGGCGAGCUCGAAGCCCCAAUUGGGCUCGGAGGGUUAGGCUUGCUCUUCAAACUGCUAAAGCCUUAGAGACCUUACACUCAUCAAACCCACCUGUUAUUCACAGAGAUGUGAAAUCUUCAAAUGUUUUGAUUGAUUCGAACUGGAAUGCGAGGCUUGGGGAUUUUGGGUUAGCUCUACGUGGCCAUGUCGAAGAUAUCAGGUUAAAAUCUACACCCCCAGCUGGUACGAUUGGGUACUUGGACCCUGGUUAUCUUACCCCAGAAAAUCUUAGCACAAAAAAUGACGUAUUUAGUUUUGGGAUCCUUCUUUUAGAGAUCAUCAGCGGGAGAAAUGCCAUUGAUGUGAACCAUAGCCCACCUUCGAUUGUCGAUUGGGCGAUUCCCCUCAUUCGAAAGGGUAAACUAAUCUCUCUCUACGAUCCUCGAAUCGGUCCCUUGCCUGAUCUCUCGGCAAGGAAGCAGUUUGCUUUGAUCGCGGCUCGAUGUGUGAGGUCCUGUAGAGAGAGAAGGCCAUCGAUGAGAGAAGUGGUCGAAGGGCUAAAGCUUGUGAGCAAGAGUAUUCCUUUUCCUGUUUGGACCAACAUUAGGAGAAUUGGGUUGCCCAAUGCUAAUCCUUGCUCGUCUGUAGAUGUAGAGAGAGAAGGGGGUGUUGUUGCAGAGCGUAGACAGGGGAGAAGGACCAUUGUUCCUGAUGGUUGGCAAAGAGAAGUAGUUAGUGAAGAGAGAGGAAUACCGAUGGAUUUCGGAACUUCAGGGAGAGUUUCUUGCUUGACUUUAGAAGUAGAGAGAGAAAAGGGUGUGGUAGGUGCAGAGCCUACACAGGGUAGAAGGACCAUCACUCCAGAUGGUAAAGAGGGAGAAAGACCCAAGGAUUGGGGGCUUUUGGCUAGAGGUUCUUUGUGGAGUAAUACUAGGGCCUCCGAUGAAGAUUCGAGUUUAUGUACAGAGAGCAGUGGUGUGGUGAGACGUAGUAGAAGUAGGAAUUUGAUGGACCUGAUUGUUGAGGCAGAGACAGAUGGUGAAUCCAUACCGCUGGAUUGGAUGGGCUUUACGAAAAUUGGCAAUAGUUCAAAUGGAGAUCUUGCAAGUUUUAAAUUGAGAAGUGGGAGAAGCAUGAGUAGGUCGAAGACACAGUCGGGCUCUCAUGAGAGAGAUAAAGAAGAUGGGACUGUUCAGUUAGUUAGGAACCCAUCUCUUGGUGGAUUUAGGAUGCAGAGACCAAUCAUGGUUCUCACCACCAAUUCAAAGCACAGGAAUUCUAUUCGAGCAUCGAACCCAGUUUAGCACCCAGCUUUAUCGAGACAAUGCCAACUUUGUACUGAGAGGAACUUUUUUUCUUUCUUUAUUUUUUUCACAUUUUUAUUGUUGUACUGAUUUCAAGAUCUUGAAGGCACCAAUUUGCAAGCUUACAGUUGCAAGUCUUGCCUUCUUGUAUCCCAGUUCUGCAAAUUGUUCUAGAAUAGCUCAUUCUAGUGUAUUUCCUUUUGAGUUCCAUGUUAAAUGGAGUAAGCUUUUGCGGUUUUUGAUCCAGCAAAAUUCAAGACCCUGUGUCAUAAUUCAGUAUGUUUCAAAGUUUUCAUUUUCUGACAAAGCUUGUUUCAGAUUUGUAAUAACUGGAAGCCUGUAUGGGUGAAGGAGAAACCAUACUUGGUAACUGAUUUUGAUACUUCAUUAAUAAAUAUUUCCUAUUAAAGC